UAGCAAGCGAAUUAAUUAAAAAAAUUCAAGUUAGGUAAUGACACUCUCUUGUAAAUAAUUCUAAAAUUAUAGGUAGAAUCGUAGUAAGAAUUCUGUUUUAAUAGUUUAGAUAUCGAAUUUAUUUAUAUGCAUAUCAAACGGGAAAAUGUGAGUACGACACAUAAAACAAAACAAAAAACACGAUGAUGGGCUUGAGAAGAACACCGUUGGUUUUAUACAUUCUCUUCAUCUUUCAUCUUCAUCACGAUUUCACUUCCGUUAGCUCACGCUCUUCCUCACUUGAUACGAACAAAGAGAGUCUUCAUCUAAAUGAGUCAAAACCAGUUGAUGAUGUGUUUGAAGGAAAGGCUCGAGAGUUAGCUUUCGUUAUCAAACGAAGAGGCAGUGGAGGAGCUGGUGGAGGCGGCGGUAGCAGCACGAGUGGAGGAGAUGGGGGCAGCAGUGGUAGCAGCACGAGUGGAGGAGGUGGUGGCGGCGAUAGCAGCGUGGGAGGAGGAGGUGUAAGCGGUCGAAGCUGGUCAAACGGCGGAGGACGUUUUGGUUCGAGUUAUGCUGGUCGUAACGGUACUCGUGGAUCGCAUCGUUCAAGCGGCAGCCAGAAUAUUCGAAGGGCAGUAUGUGCGGCCGGUUGGUUGGGUUUAUCAAUUUUAGUCGGUUUAAUAUUGGCUUAGAAAGAUUUAUGUAUUGGUUCACCAUUUUAAUUUGGGGUGCAUAUGUGUUGAAGUCAGGUCUGGUUUGGUCCGAGAUUGAUUGGGGCUAAUGGUCUUUUUUUUUUUUUUUUUGUCAUCGAUUGGAGCUAAUGGUCUUUUUUUGUUUGUCAUCGAUUGGGGCUAAUGGUCAGUUGUUGUGUUUCGGUUGUUUACUAUGCCGUAUGCACGGUUUGUAAAGUGUAAAUUAUAUUCAGUUAGUAUAUUUGUGAAAUUUCUUAAA